CAAAAAGAGGGGACAAUUUCAUUUUAUUUUUAAAGUAAAUCAUAUAUAAACUAAGAAUACAUCUGUAAAAAUGUAGAAAAUCAUUACAUCCACCAUGAAACUUCUUCUUGUAGCCCUUGCCAUCGUCGUCUGCGCAGAAGCAGCCGUCUACCAACUCCCUUCCCGCCUUGUCAGAAGUGUCCCAAGUACAGUCCCCCCAAUCCCAAAAGGCGAAGCCCACAUUGUAUACCGUAUUAUCAGAAAUGCCCCACUUGCUAAAGCCGGAGGAUCCGCAGGAGCAACCGGAGCUGAUGUGGUAGCCAACUCCGGAUCGCAGAGCUCGUCCUUCGAAGGACACGGCGUCAGAUUCAGCUCCUCCAGUUCCAACUCCAACGCCAGCAGCAGGGGUGGCGGAUACCAUGGCGGAUCCUCCAGCGCUGCCGCCGAAAGUUCCUCCAACAUCCCAGACUUAUCCUUGGAAGGCGAAAUCUUCGUGCCACUGUCCCAAUUGACCAGAAUAGCCAGAGCGGCCGAUCCAAGACACCACCACCACGGUGGCGGAUCCCAGGCGGCCGCCAGCUCCAACGCCGAAGCCGGCAGCUUCCAAAACCCCGGCUUCCCCGGCGGCGGCUUCCCCAACUUCCCAUCCGGAUUCCCCUCGUUACCCAACGGCGGCUUCAACGAACCACACGGAGCUGCCACGGGCAAAGCUGGUGCGUCCGGAAGCCAGGCCUCCGCCAACUCCAACAGUCAGACGCAGUCGUUCACCGGAAACGGCUUUACCGGUGUAGCUUCCAGUUCUAGUUCGAGCUCCUCAAGCAGCGGCUUUGGAGGUGGAAACGCCGCCCAUGCCAAUGCUGAGAGCGCAGCACAAUCUUAAAUUAUUUUUGUUACGUUUUUUAACUAAUAAAUUUUGAUAUUUUUCUAA